GGGAUUGACGCAUGUGUAAGCAGACUGGCUGCGUAAUGACACGGCAACUGGUUUCAAAAUCUCACUAGAUCCUAAUUUUCUCCGACUACGAAUAAUUACUGCCAAGCGCGUUCUCUGCGUCGUCCGUCACACAAUGCGGCUUUUCUGCGCCUUGGUGCAGGCUACUCGUACGGGGGCUCCAGUUUUGUCGAUCGAUGCUUUCAAUUAAUCCAUCAUCAUCGCCACCCCAAAGAUGCUUUUAGCGGUUUUGGGUCGUCCUCUAUUACUUAUACGAGUCGCAGCUCUCUCUGAUCCCAGGCUCCCAGCAGACAGACGCAGACAGCAAUCAUGCUCAUCACCCCUCCCUCCGCCCUUCUGCGCCUACCGCCGAGGUCUCUGAGACAGUAUGUCCUACCAGCUGCAACUGCCAUGGCCACACCGGUCCGCACGUUUCGACUAGGUGUCCUCAGUUCUCAGCGAAGGCUAAAAGGUUGCCAGAGCGCGCCGAAAACUCUUUGUAGCAGCAAGGCGGCAACCACUCCUUCCCUAACUUUGACUGCUUCUCAAUUCUGGACCUCGACAUCAACUUGGAAACGAGCCACCAUCAACACUCUUCGAUGCCUGGUUGGCUGCACUGUCGGCGAUUUUUCGGCCAUGUGGUACCUUCAAGCGUUCCAUCCAGCCCUCGGAAUGGGGACAAUUAUGGCCAUCUCCAUGGCCUCCGGAAUCACGACCUCGAUUCUCCUAGAAACGACUCUUCUCCGAUUCGGCCGCGAUCGUCUUCCUUGGGUAGCUGCUGGUCAAACUGCUGCGGGAAUGAGUAUAAUUUCGAUGGUCACGAUGGAGCUUGCCGAGAAUGCGGUUGAUUAUCAUCUCACUGGUGGAGUGGUCCAGUUGGAUUCCCCUGCGUUCUGGGGCGCAGCUUUGCUUUCCGUGUCUAUGGGAUUUCUAGCACCCCUGCCGUACAACUACCUACGUUUGAGGAAGUAUGGGAAGGCUUGUCAUUGACUGGCGUGUUUAUUAGAAUGUAUAUCAGUCUUGUAACAUAGACGCUGUACUCAUAGAACCGUUAAGCACAAUGGCAGUAGAUCAUUUGUGGUA